UAUUUAUUUAUUCUUCAUAUUAUGGAAAAAUAAUUGUUUAAAUCUAGCAUGGAAAACCCAAUUAUCUUGAAUUUCCACCCCGAAUGAAAGAUUUCAUGAGCGAUUUCAUUUUCAAUUGUCAUUAAAUUCACAAAAUUGAGAAUUCAAGUGCAACUAUUGCUUAAUUUUCAAAAAAUUUCCACCAGUGUUUUCGUUAAUUGUCCCAACGAAAUUGUAAUUUUGACAGAAAUUCAGAGAUGAUUCAAAAACGUCUCCCUCCGUAUUCUUCACAAAAUUAAUUUUAUCUCAACGAAAAAUUGUGGCGAUCGUCAUUGAUAGCACGCUGGAUGAAUCGGUUGGAUUUUUAAAAAGAUAACGGUACACUCUGAGAAAAACCGGAGUGCAUCGCUCACUGGUUGAAUUCUCAGUCAUAAAGAGACGCUGGAGUGAAUAGUCAGCGCGUCGGAGCCGUUCGAUUUCAUUAUUAAUUAUCGCUUCGAGCUCUAGUCAAACAAAUGACCGAAUUAUCAUUCUCACAGUUGUCUCUUCGUUCACUGUGACCUUCGUCGAUUCCGAAUGCACUGAGUUCUAAGGGAUUUCAAUGGACAAUGGCCACUGAAUCACGAUACGUUAUUUACUCAGCACUCAGAUGACGAAUACUCGGGAAAAAAUUGUACCUUGAAACCUCAUCACAAACCACUGUUCAUGAUAUUUUUCCUUUCAUGCAAAUGUGAUACAUAUGCAUGAUUGGAAAACUGUGUCGGACGAAUUUAAAAAAUAGGGAGUUGUAGUUUUGAUUACGAUGGAGUGCUUGAGGAAGGUAGUUCCAAAGAGGGGACAAAGACCAAUAGAUAGCGAUCUGGAGAGCCCUCAGGAGCAAAAAGAAAGAUGGAAAAGCGUGUACAUAAUCUAUUUCACGAUGUUUCUGAUGUCCUUGGGGUUCAGCAUAAUUCUCACGGGGGUUUGGCCGUACUUGGAUGGUUUAGAUCCAACAGCUGGAAAGAAAUUUAUGGGCUACGUUGUUGCAGCAAAUCCACUUGGGCAAAUGUUAUUUUCACCGUUGGUCGGUUGGUGGGGAAAUAAAAGAGGCUCUGUGCGAUUACCAUUGCUCGUAACUCUCGCACUUUUUGUUGCUUCCUCUGCUGUUUAUAGUUCGCUACAGAUCAUUCCGGGAUCACCAAAAGUGUGGAUGAUUGUGGCGAGGUUUGGGGUGGGCGUUAGUUCCGCGAAUAUUGCAGUCACGAGGUCGUAUCUUUCGGCAGCGACAACAGUAGCUGAGAGAACUCAGGCUGUUUCUAUGGUAUCUCUUGCCCAGGUAUUGGGAUUCGUAGUUGGACCUGCACUUCAAGCUGCAGUUACCCCACUGGGUAAUGAAGGUUUCUCGGUGCUGGGAUUACCUAUGAACAUGUACACGGCAGCCGGGUGGAUAAAUGUAUUCCUGGGGAUAAUCAAUUUUGUUCUAUUCCUACCGCGAUUUUUCAAAGAGCGGAAAAUCGCCGCGCGAGAGGCCAUGAAGGACCAAGGAAAGGCGACUGAGAAAGAAGCGUGGAAGGCUAUCAAGCCAGAUUAUUUGGGAGCUUGGAGUUUGAUAGCCGCUUUUGGUAUUCUAGUCUACAAUUUUGUGUUAUUAGAAACGCUUGGAACACCUCUUAUACUAGAUAAUUUUGGAUGGUCCAAGAAAGAGGCAGUUAGUACCAUGGGCCUGAUGAUGAGCGUUGGUGCAGUAUUCGCAUGUAUAUCAUUCGUGCUGAUAGGACCCUUGUGCAGGAGGUUCGACGAACGAAGGGUCUUGAUCUGGGGCGGAUUCUUCUUGAUGCUAGUGGGGAGAAUAAUCAUGGUUCCAUGGGGAAAAGAAACUCCAAUAAUUGCAGAACUAGAUCCAAUUACCAACACAACAACUACUGUAAAUGGCACUGAGGUAGUUGGCUGCCCAGUGACUCAAGAAUGGUGUCGCUACACCCCCCUGAUGACUCCCCUCCAAUACAUGAUUGGCUACGGUUUCACAACCAUCGGGUACCCCAUAGGGGUGACACUGAGUCAAACGAUAUUCAGUAAAAUUCUGGGACCGCGUCCACAGGGUCUGUGGAUGGGAAUGCUGACUGGGACCGGUUGUGCCUCUCGAGUCCUGGGUCCAGUGUUCGUUGGCCAUGUCUACACGGUCUGGGGAACUUAUCACACAUUCGGAAUAACAGGAGUAACAUUAAUUGUGGGGAUGAUCUGGCUCACCUGCGUUGACAAGCACUUAAUUCCGAUAGUGUCGGAUGCUAAAGGAGAGGAGAAUCGAAAUGGAAAUGUUGAGGUGGAAGUGCCACUUUUCGCGAAGCCGGAGGAUCAGUCGAAGGAAAUUGAAAUGCAGGACUUGAAUGGGAGCUCUGUGCGCGAGAAAGACUGAUGUCACUGUCUAUUUUAGUCAAAUAAUGGGAUUAGAGUGAUGAGGAACAUGUACAUAACUAUUUUUGGAGAAUUUUAUAAUGCGAAUUGCGACAAUAUGAGAGCUAUAUUUUUGUAAUUAAUGGAUAAGGGAGAGGUGAAUAAUCUUGCCGACGUGUGUAAAAUAUUUUUGGUUUUUUGUAACGAUAGUGUUCCUUUUGAUUAUUUUUCCACUUUCUUUUCAAGAUUCUGUUUUUAUAAAUCUAAAACAACAAUGUUAAUGUCAAAUUAAAAAGGGCAUUAGAAUGAUAAUGAAUUCUAUUUUUAUGGAAUUUUCUUUUCCUGUCUUUUCGCUUUCGGCCAAUCACAGGAUCAAAUUAAAUUGGCAUAAAGUAUAAUAAUGAAGUUCGUAAAAUGAACAGCUCAAAAUAAUACUCUAGGCAGAGAGCAUCAUUUAUAUUGCUUAGGUAAACAAUAGGAUUAGAGUGAUGAGGAACAUGUACAUAACUAUUUUUUGAGAAUUUUAGGAUGUUAAUUGCGACAAUAUGAGAGCUAUAUUUUUGUAAUUAUUUGUAAGGGAGAGGUGAAUAAUCUUGCCGACGUGUGUAAACUACUUGUGAAUAAACGAAUAAGUAAAUAUGAUGAA